UAUUAUUUAAUAAUUCAUUUCUUACAGACAUCAUUCUUCAAGACAUCAUGAAAGAAAAAGUUCAAAAACAGUUAAAAGAUCAAGAUCUAGAUCUCCAUCACCAUCCAGAAAAAGGCCUUAUGAUGCUCGCGAAAAAAUAGAUAAAGCUCGUUUACUUCAAGUCGCUCAGAAAAAUGUUUUAAUGAUGUUAGAAAAGGGAACGUUACCAAAAGGAUUUAAUAUUGAUUCUAUUCGGCCAGAACAACGGGUGUCAUUGAAGACGGGAGGAAAAUCUGUUCAGGAAUUAACUGAUUUUUGCCGUGCUAUAUCACAGAGAGAUCAAGAGGACAAUUCUAGUAAUGGAAGUCAGGAUAAACAAAGUGAUAUUGACACUCCAUUUAUACAUCAUCCUUUUAAACUUAAAGAGCAUCAGCCAGUGAUAAAACUAAAUAUUAAGAAUGCUGUACAGUUACCAGUAAAAACGCCUGCCGAAAAAGUUGCAGAUGCCGCUCGUUUACGCACACAGUUUCCUGUUUCUAGCGGCAGUCAGCAUCGACUUAAAGAACUUCAGUGGGUUCCCGUUGAAGAAGAUUCUAAGUCAUCGACUAAAUCUUCUAAAUCUUCGCCUGCAAAUACUGUUUCUGUGAUUGAAUCUCAAACUGAAAUUGUUUCAACACCACCAGAACCAGAAGAACCACCUCCUCCCCCUCCUCCUCUACCACCACCAGCACCUGUAAUUAGUACUUUUGCUCCUGCUGUGCAAUCUACCUCAUUUUUUGAGUCAGUUUCACAAAAUACUAGCAUGCAUGAUAUG